AUGGGAAAGGAUGAUGAAGGAAAGAGGAAAUCAGAGGUGGAGACAGCAGAGGACCAUCUACAGAAGGAGCAGAGAGCCGGAGGAAGGGAGGGGAUGACGUGUGUGCUGUUUGGCUGGUGGCUCUUUGUGGCGUCUGUGGUUGGUGUGCGCAAGCUGGGGAAGAGGAAUAAGCCAGGAGUGGAAACAGCAGACACUCCAGACUCGGCACGUGGGCGAGGGGAGAAGAAAGCCAUCAAUGAUCUAGACAGAGACUUUUGGAAUAACAAUGACAGCAGCACAGUGCAGCAGAGGUGGAGCUCCUAUCCACCCAAGGAGUUCGUACUAAACAUUUCUCCCUAUGCCCCAUAUGGAGAUCCGCGCCUCACGCUCAAUGGGGCAGUGUCAGGGGGUCAGAAGGGGGCGGCAACUGGCCAUGGGGAUACUGGGGGGGGUCCUUAUCGCAGUGACAGCGUGAAGAGCAUGGUGACAGAGGGAGUGAAGGCCGGGAGGUGGCAGACCGUCCAGGGCCACAUGCAGUCUGGAGGACUGAAACCCAGCAACUUUGGGGAUCCAGUGUUAUCCUAUGCUUCCACUUUGGAGCACUUACCCUCCGGGCCGGCCCGGCCUCGGACGCUGCUGCGCCAGCAGAGCCUUCAGCAGCCUCUCAUCCACCCGUCAGGCCCUGGUCUCUGCCAUCCCCCCACCACAUCCCAGAGCUUGGGACAAUUACACACUGCACCUGGACAGCCUGGGGGAGGCGGGGGUGCUGGGAGAGGAGAGGGAGGUGGCAACAGUGGUGAGGGUGGGGAUGCAGGUACACGAGGUGGUCCCCGGGGUGCACGGGGCGGUGCAGCAGCGGCAGGUGCGUCUCGCUAUAGGGGAGGUGGAGCAGGAGGGCGCUCGCGUGCCAACCCGGGCAGCUGGGAUUACAUGAUGGACCAGAUCCGGAAUCGUGGGCUGGAUGUCAAGUCCUUCCUUGAAGGAAAGCUGGUGGUCCUGGCUUUGGCCAUUGGUGUGGCAGAGCAAGAUGACUUUGCCAAUAUCCCUGACCUGCAGGAAACAGCGCAGGCAGCACCACCGCCACCAGCCAAUCAGGAACCGCCCCCUGAGAAGAGAGGCAACAAGCCAGCCAACAGCCCCAAGGGCCAACCUCCUGAUGCUGAUGGCCACUCCUCUGUAACCGACCUGGCCAACUCUCUCACUGGAGACAUGGUGAUGCUGUCCCCAGGUUCGGAGGAUGAUGAAGGGCCCAUCAGUGAAAAGCUGGGUCGGAUCCAGUUCAGCAUAGGCUACAGUUUCCAGAACACGACCCUCACGGUCAAAGUUCUCAGGGGCCAGGACCUCCCGGCCAAGGACUUCUCUGGCACCUCCGACCCCUUUGUUAAAAUCUACCUACUGCCUGACAAAAAGCACAAGCUGGAGACCAAGGUCAAGAGGAAGAACCUCAACCCCCACUGGAACGAAACCUUCCUGUUUGAGGGCUUCCCUUAUGAGAAGGUGAGAGAGCGCACUCUCUACCUUCAGGUGUUGGACUAUGACCGUUUCAGCAGGAAUGACCCCAUUGGAGAGGUGUCAGUCCCCCUUAAUAAGGUGGAACUGGGCCAGUUAAAGACCUUCUGGAAGGAGCUGAAGCCCUGCAGUGAUGGCAGUGGGAGACGAGGAGACCUGCUGGUGUCUCUCUGCUAUAAUCCCACCGCCAACACCAUCACUGUGAACAUCAUCAAAGCACGCAAUCUCAAAGCCAUGGAUAUCGGGGGCACCUCAGAUCCCUAUGUGAAGGUGUGGCUGAUGCACAAGGACAAGCGUGUAGAGAAGAAGAAGACGGUGGUGAUGAAGCGCUGUCUCAACCCCGUCUUCAAUGAGUCCUUCCCCUUUGACGUGCCCGCCCAUGUGCUGAGGGAGACUACCAUCAUCAUCACCGUCAUGGAUAAGGACAGACUCAGCCGCAACGAUGUUAUUGGCAAGAUCUACCUAUCGUGGAAGAGUGGACCAGCAGAAGUGAAGCACUGGAAAGACAUGCUCGCUCGGCCGCGCACUAAUGUCGCCCAGUGGCACGCUCUCAAGGCCUGAUCGCACUACCCAGCUUCCUUCAUGGCCCCUUCCCGUCUCCUAUCCCUCCCUCCUCCUCCUCCUUCUCUCUCUCUCCUCUCUAUCUCUCCCCUCCUCCCACUCCUGUCCUUAUGCACAAGACUGACUUGCUGCCAGGCUGCGAAACACGGGUACAAUUAGCCAUCUGCUCUCUUAAACCUUUAAAGUCCUUUUCUCUUUUCUUUCAAGGAUCUCAAAUUUUUUCUCCCCGACCCGUCUCUUGUGUUCCCUCCUCUCAUACAGCCCCAUCUCAGUUUCCGUGUCUCACCCCUUUGCCAAUGGUUCCCCUGUUUCUGACUGUCUGUAUGUCCGUCUGUCCGUCCUUAUGCACUUUGCCUGUGGAGGUCUGAUAAUCAAUUCCUUUGCCGAUCCCUUAGUUUUGAACUGCACUGCAGCCCCUGACCCAUACAAGGUGCCAGUCCCGUGGGAUCACAGAGAAUCGUCAGUAAUGAUCUAAUCUCAUAUAAUCCUGUUGUAUGAAUAUUCCAGGUAUACAAUACUAUACAGUAUGUACUGUAUGUACAUAUACAUAUGAAUAUAUUAGGUGUAUAGAUUGGCAGAACUCCCCUAUACACACAACUAGUAUACAGUAUAUUACUCAUAGGUCGCCUGCUGUUUCCCAUCUCUUCCGUCUCUUCAUUUGCCGCCUCGUCCUUGUCAUCUGUCUCAAGAGUACUAUAUUCCCCCUCCUUUUCAGUCCUUCCUCCUUUUUACUCAAAAGUGGUUUAAUGUUCAGCUGAAGUUGUUGAAAGCAAUCAAUAUAUGGUGUGUAAUGAAACCAGCUGAGCUCAAGAUGGAAUUGUUGAUACCGCUGUCUCUUCUCUCCUCUUUUUUCUUCCCUAUGUCCCUUUUUUCUCUCUUCUUUUCCCCCUUUAUUGUUCCCAAUUUCUCUUCCCCUGGCACAAUAUUAGCGAAUUCCUCCCCCACUCCCCCUUUCUGGAUGUCCCUCCCCCUCUUCCUCCUCGUCAUCUGUGUGCUGUGGGUGCUGUGCUGUAGCUCCGACAAAAAUAGAGAUUAAAAAUUUAAAAAAUAAACUGAACUUUCCGAAGCUGGGAAAGCAGGGACACGAUGAACUUGUGAAACGGAGCGCUCCUGAUGUUUUCCAGACAAAAAAGCCCCGACACGGAGAGAGAGAAAAAAGAAGAUGAAAACACAAACAAGCAAACAGAUCCUUCCUCCCCCUCAAGAUACUAUGAUGUCAUUUUUCACAGCAUCACCAACUGAGGAAACGAGUUUAAAAUCUUCUUCCAACGUUAAGAUGAGAGCAGAGGCAAGAGGCCACGUUUGUGCAGUUUACGCACGUGCACGUGGGUUUGCGUGUGCACACUUCCGUCUGUUUAAUGAUGCUAUGAAUUCUUUGUGCUGCCCCGUGCUCAUGUUUUACGCUGACGGGGGUCACGAUCUCCGUCCGUUUUGACUGUGCGCUGUGCUGCGGUGAUGUGUGCCUGUUGGUGUGCGUUUGUUUUCACAGGAGCCGUUCUGUAGAAAUCUUCUCUUUUCUCUUUCUCAUGUUGCGCUCUUCUUGCUCUUCUUACUGCCAUUGUUUCCCCAUCUUCUACUGCCCUGCCUUCUGAACGAGGGCACGGGGAAGUUCUAUCUGCACUUUUUGGAAAUGUAAUAACAAUAAUAAUGAUGAUGAUGAUUAUAGUGAUGGUGAAAAAUUAAGGGAGGAGUGUCUGAAAGGGCGAGCAGAAGUUGGGGAGAGGUGACGUCUUCUCUGUGAUUUCAGGGCUUGGAGAUGUAGGUCAUAGAGGAUGCAGGGCUCUCAUCCUCCUCUUUUUAUUCUUUUUUCUCGAUGUACGUGCAUGCACACGUGUAUGUGUGUGUGUCAGCUACCACACUCCUGGUGGCAGACUGCUGGUGUCUGAAAUGUCAGGCCGGGAUGGAGAUAUCAGGCUUGUCUUCUUGUCACGUGGAAGCCGGCCAGCACAGCAGUGCUAUUUCACAAAGCGUCAAUCAACAACAAGACCGUGAUCAGAGCUCUAAACAACAGUCUGUCCUGUAUUCCUCGCCUCAAAAUGCUGAACAAUUGUUAGGCAUCUAAAACAGUCAUUUCGAUGUGCAUUUUUCCAGUUUCCACACUGGAAGAAAAGUAAUAAAACAAUAAAACAUUCUUUGGGUUUUUGUUGCACUUCAAAGGAAAAAUGAGCAAGCGUGUAUCACAGACAAUAGGUGUGAUAUUAGACAAUGGCCUGAUCUGCCACCGUGAGAUACCGUAGAAGCAGAUUAGACAUUAUCUCUUCACUGAGUGCUAGAGAGUACCAUAGAGUGUACCGUUGCCCUCUUUGCCCGGCACAUUCAACACAGCUCGAUAUUUCUGUAACGUAGAUAAAACUGUCAUAAAGCAGCAGCAACUGGAAAAGCUGUCAACUAUUAAGAGCUACUUAAAAAGAAAUCUGCUUUCUUAGUGUGCUCUUUACUACAGCCUGCCUGUGUGGGGUUUUUUUUUUGCAUUCAU